CUGACUGCCUGAUCUACAAAUAAUAAUGAGUCGUUAUUUAUGACGCACGGUGAUUUGUAGAUCAAUCAGUCGGCAGUCUCCCCAACUGUCGGCUGCAAAGUCGAAGAAGCCAAUUGAUGUCAACAAACCCCAUAUGAUCGCGACGCAAGCAAGCUUCCUCGACGCAGCGUAAAAUAUUUUGAGAUGAAGAAGACAGCGUUAUGUUCCUGAAUGUCUGCAUGAAUUCACAUUGCACACAUACUACUCAGCUCAUCAUGUCUCAUCUGAGUGGAAUUGACGUGGGAAAGUCGUGAUUUGCUGUUGGGUGAACUUCAAAGGGACUGGAGAAGAAACUGUCACUGUACUCUUGUGUGAAUAUUGAGGAGCCUAGGGGGCUGUUACCAGAGCAGGUACACCCAGUGAGGGGAGGGAGAGACCAUGGACCUGAGUGAGAGGAGGCCCAACAAGUGGUGGACAGAGUCGGACACCUUCGCCAUGCUGGCCCUCAUCGAGCAGCUGGACCUGGUGCAUGAGCUGGAUAAGAAGCGCCAGCGCAAUGACUCACACUUCCGCCGCCUGCGCUACAGCCUGGCCAAGCAGGACAUCCACUUCACCGUCAACCAAAUACGCAACCGCUGGAAGAGCCUGAAGCACAAGUACCGCAAGAUCAAGAUGGCAGGAUAUCGUAGCCCCGCUGCACGCCUGUCUACCAUCGAGGCGUUCCGUUACUUCCGUAUGCUGGACCGCAUGCUGGCCAGGAGGGCCCGGGUGGGGGCCCCAGAUCAAGGCAUUGCAGAUGGACACAAUAUGGUGGUGUUGACCCCUUUGGACAUGGAGGAUCAUACUGAUGGUGAUGUUGCUCAGCCCGACUCUGUGGCCCCUUGGCAGGACAGCCUGGCUCCAGCUCUAGAUGGAGAAGGAGACGAGACUAACGCCAUCCCAGAAGAGGCCAACGUCAGCACUCCGGGCUGGGCCCUGAAGUCAGAAGAGAUUAUGACUUUGGGUCUGUCUGGAGAGUAUCUUUACCCAGUGAAGAGUGAGCCACAUUCAGUACCCUCUUUACAUGAUGGUGAGGGAUCUAGUGACCCCACUAGCUGCAGUCCAGAAGAUGAAAUUGGCACUUGUGAGGACACCAGCACCCUGAUCCUCCAGCAGCUCACCAUCCUGAACCAUCAGCUAGGGGAACAGCUCGCUGAGCAAAGGGCCUUCCACUGCAGCAUGCUGGGUAUGAUGGACCGACAGAUAGAGGUCCUGGAGCAGCUCUCCAACUUCUCCACAGGCCGCCAUGUCAAGACCGAACCCGAAGAGAGUGACACUCCUAUCAGCCAGCAGGUCCACAACUCCCUGGUGCGCAUCCUGAGAGGAGUGGAACAGGUCCAAACCCAGGGACACCAACCGUGCUCAUGCAAGGCCUCCCCCUCACAGCCUACAUCUCCCUCCUGGACGGUCUCUCUGUUGGAGGUCCACAAAGGAUCACCCUCCAGGGAUGAGAACUCAACUAGUGACACACCCAACCCUCAGCCCUCAGACAAUGGGCGGCCUGAACCUCAAAUACCAUACCCCUCAGAGCAGCUUCCCCCUUCCCCACAGAAGGGUGUUCUGUUUAACGGACUCUCAAACAAGUGCCAGCACAAGUGAGUGCUCUUGAAGCUUCAUCCAGUAGUGGAACAUACAGUGCUCUGACAGAGGAAAGCAUACACUCUUAGAAAAAAGGGUUCCAAAAGGGUUCUUCAGCUGUCCCCAUAGUAGAACCCUUUUAGG